AUGCCAAUCAUACAUUAUAUCUUUCAACGGCUAUAUUUCUUUCAUUCCCAAUUUAUUUAAAUUAUUCCAAUAUUCCUUCAUUUUCGCCUCUAUUAUAAUUUCCAACGGUCUAUUUUCUACUUACUAAACUAUAAUCCAAACACUAAGUUCAUAUAAACCCAAAUCUACACAUUUUUCACAAUUACAUUUCAUAAACUCUUAAAUCUCUCUCUCUCUGAAAAUGGAUUCCGAUAACAGUAAAGUUCAACAUGUGACAAAGAAGUCAUCAGAUGAGCUGCUCAGAAAGUUUGCCGAUGAUGAUGAAUCUCCGGCGAAGAGCAAAGAGCUUGUUCGGGCAAAACGACGACGUAAGAGCCGAGAAGGUAAAGAGAACGAUGACUGUGAGAGCCCAUCAUCAAAUGGGCAAACCUCCAAAUUGGGAGAGAGAAGGUCCCUGCUUCCGUCUCCGGCGCCGGCGAGGAAGUCGGCUGUAUUGAGGCAGCUCGGGAUUAAUGGCAGGGUACGACUCAAGGGAAGGGACAUUAGGCAUAAGUCCCUAUUUGGAACCAUUGAAAAGACAUGGAGAAGGACCAUAGAAGGAGCGUCCAAGGUCUUUAUGGAGAAGCAUUACAAUCGUCACAAGCGUCUCAUAAACGACAUCGUUUAAAUCAUAUUAUAUAGUCCUUAAGUGAGUAGGCCUUUUACUCAAUUUGUAUACCAUCUUAACAUCAACUUUAUAUUUUAGUCAUUCUUUAUUAUUUUUGUAAUUUUUUCUACUUAAUAAGAAAUUAAUUUCCUGAGUAUCA